AUCUAUGCCUCUUCUGUGACAGCUUUGGUUUGUAACAGCAAGUUCUGCUUCACUAGGUUAAAGGCCAUGGAUCAUUGGCUCAUUCUACUAAUGUUGCUGACAACCAUCCAGCCACUCUCUGCUACAGCAACAUCCUGUAAAAAGGAAAUCACAAUUCAAAGUUGCCCAAAGGCAUGGAUAAUCAAGGACAACAAAAUUAAUGGCAAAGACGUUUUGACAGUUGCAUGUGGUCCGCGUUUUAAAAAUAACUUCAAACUGGUAUUAAGAGCUUUACCAAGGGAUUGUUCUUGGCCAAAUGCCGGUACCUACCCGUGCCUUGAAGUUGUGGUAAAAGGAAACACUUACAAAAUGUGCAAAAUAUGCUGCCAAAAACAUUCAUGCUCUGCUCCAAAUUUUUGCAAGGACUGUAAAGAGAGAAAAGAGUUAUUCUUUAAUUUAACUGAUUCACCAGUUAAAAUAGAAAUUAAGGAUUCUACCUGUGAACUGUCUGAAACUGAAAGUACUUUUGAUGAAACAAGUUCAUCUCUGCAGUUGUUUAAUGAAACAAAAAGUUGGAUUGAAGCCUUGAAUUACUGCGAUCAACUGAGUUUCUCUCUGGUCGAAAUAACUAACCAGACAGUUUGGGACGAGCUAAAGAACAUCUUGGUAAACAAGGCAGAAUUGCAGAAAGGGGUCUGGGUCGGCCUCGAGCGGUCCAUUUUUGGCACCAACAUAAAGUGGCAGUGGACAUCGGGAGCCAAAGCUGAACAGCCUGAGUGGAUCAGCAGUUUUCCGGCUAAUGGUCUCAACAAUCACUGUGGAAAGAUUGUCUGGAGUAAUCAGUCAAACAACAUCCAGCUGCUUGAUGCCAACUGCCAUGACGAAUUACCCUUCAUCUGCCAAGAUACGACUGUGAUGCCUGAAAACUAAAUUAAUCUUACUCUGGAGGAUUGUUUUGAAUCACUGCUGGUGUACUUCUCGCACGCCUUUCAAAUAAAAUUUGGUGUUUUGCCUUUCUUACAUAUUUUUCUUUUGUACAGCAUAAUACAUAGGUUCUUACAAUUUAUUACAAUUUGCUAUUUCACUAUCAGUUCUGUUGAAGAAUAGCUACCUUAAAAUAAAAGUUUCAUUCCUUGUCUUGGUUUAGAGAAUAUAUAUACUUUAAUAAUAUCUGCUGUUCAAAACAAUAAAUUGAACCCAAUUUUAUCUAACAUUGAAGGAAUCCUGUCUCACUGGGUCAUGAUUUCUCUAGAUUUGAUGUCUUUAAGUGCAACCUUACCGAGGCUGAAAUAAACAACAGUCUGCAUCAGCAUGAGCACUGCUGACGCGGGGUAUGUGUGGGACAUGUUCCCCCCACCUUCUUUAUCUGUGCUCUCUAGUGUCCCCCAUGCACGCUACAUGCGCUACAAAACUGUUUCCCACUUCUUGAAACCAAGAAAGCAGUUAAGCAGCCAAAAGUAACAUAAAUUCUCAAUAAAAUGUAAUGGAAAGUUAGAGAAACCAUUAAACAAUGUAUAAACAGCGAGUUUACGUCUGUAGUUUAGGCUCCAAGCCCCCACAAUAAAAAACAAGUUAAGAACAUUUUUUUAAUUGUCAUGACCAAAUAUUGUGUAUUUUAUCAGGGUUUCUUGUGCAAUCAUUUAAUUGAGAAACCGAAUUAGCUAACUCUUGAGUUUCCUGGUAGGAUCUGAAGCUCUGAUGCAAAAAGAGCUUGACUAUAUUUAUUUAGUGUUGAUUUUAAGAAAGUACAAAUUGAAAAUGGGGUAAAACAACAACCAUAAAAACUACAAAUGUAGUAAAUGUAGUCAAGUCCUUUUUGAAAAUGGGAACCUUAUACUGGGAGUCAAAUCACACAUUGAUGUUCAUUCUCUGGAACGUAGGAGAAGCAGAAAAAACUAUAUAAAAGAGAAUCUUU